AUGCCGUUGCCGAGCAAGGAAGAACAUCGGGCGCUCAUCGGUUUACCGGACAAGGGCCGAAGAGUCGUCUCUUUGACCAAGCAAUCCACGGUGGAUACGCUCUUGUAUGGCAGAGAUCUGGACGGCUCCGGUGAAAGUCCUCAUCGAGGAUUUAUGCAGACGAUGCAUGCUGCAGGCUAUGCUGGUGAACCCUCUGGGCACAAAGAUGCAAAGCAGGAGAACAGGAAAAGACGAGCCGUCUUAAAUUGCAGUUCCCAACUGGCACACCAUGACGGGCAAAAAAGUCCACAUGAAGAAUUCAUGACUCGAUUUGCCGAUUGUGCCGGUGCCCGAAACACAGAAGCCCGAUUCAAACCUUUGAGGGCACCAGGGAUUGCACACACACAGUCCAUGGGUGACAUUAUGAAUGGACUGGGAUCAAGCAGGGUUGAGCGGACACCACGUGGAAUACGGAUUAAAGAUAUGAGUGCCGCAGGAAAGAAAUCCGAAAGACCUGAGGGGAAAUCGUGUGUAACAGCAGCAGCACGAUGUCUUCAGAGUUCCUUGCAACUUGGCGAGUCCGAGCAUCCCUGCAGCCAUUUUGACGGCGAGUUCUUCGGUGACUAUGCUGGUCGCGCCGCGAAGCCAAAGCCAACUGAACGGUCUUCGGUCGCUUUGAAAAGCCUUUGCGUCGUCGAUAAGCUAUUGUAUGGCCGAGAUUUGUCAUUUCAAAGUGAAGACAGCUUGGUCCAGUACGCAGAGCGAUAUUCUGGCUACGCUGGAAAUUCCUGGAAGAUCCCAAAGAAGUUCAAGCAAGAAGCAGUCGCUGCCACUGCAGGCUACCCAGAAAAUCCCGAACUCCCCGGAAGCCUGGAAAGCCCUAUGCCAGUGGCACCAGCGGCUCAAACUCAGAGCUUGCAGGGAAAGGACUUUCAAGCGCAUGAUGCGGAAGCCUGUGAAACGGAGGCCGAUGAAGUUGGGGAGGUGGAGACCAACCUGGAGUCUCCUCCCCAGGCCCUGGAGUCUCCUUCGUUAGCUUCGGAAGCUCCUCAAACUCCUCAGGUGACCUUUGACUUGGGAGAGCCAGAUGCCCAGAUCAACGAUGAGUGUGCAGCUCCUGAAGGGAUCACACCGGACACACCGAACACUGUGCCAAUCGAAGGUCCAAAAGACCUGAGAGAGGAAGUCCUGAUGAUGAAGACCAUCGAAGCGGGGAAAGAGCCUAGCCGAUUGACCCCCUUUGGUGUGAGAAGAAGUUCAGGCUGGAGCUCCAGUCGAUCCAGUGGCUCCAGAACCUCUUCACUUUCGGGGCAAAGACCUCGGUGGCAGUGA